CUGCUUCCAGCUGCUGCAACCGCGCCUUCUCUGCCUCAGCGUCCAGCGGUCCCUCGCUCCGGCCCAGCAUGGCGACCCCGACCCAGACCCCUACGAAGGUGCCCGAGGAACCUGACCCAUUUCACUAUGACUACGACACGGUGCAGACUGUGGGCAUGACUCUGGCCACCAUCCUGUUCCUGCUGGGCAUUCUCAUCAUCAUCAGCAAGAAGGUGAAGUGCAGAAAGGCGGACUCCAGGUCCGAGAGCCCAACAUGCAAAUCUUGUAAGUCGGAGCUUCCCUCCUCAGCCCCUGGCGGUGGCGGCGUGUAAAACCUGCCGGAAAUCUCCGCUGCUGUACCUGCCUGAGCGCGGGAGCCUGAGGACCGGGUGGAGGCGGGGGGGACCCCAGCCUUGCGCCGGGGAGUGCUCCCCCGAAUGAGCCGCCCCACCCACCCCAAGGCUGGAGCCGCUGCACCCUGCUGUCCCUCCCCAGGCCUUGGCAAUGACGAUCCCCCAAAGAGCCCGUCUGCAUCCCAGACCCAGGGACUCAGGCCUCCAGCUCCUGGGAUCCGGGAGUCCGCCCCCGGCCCCCCAGAAUCCCCGUGUACUGCUUCCCUGCACCCCCUCGUCUCCUCCCGAAGAUCCCUCCCCCGCCCCCUCGGUGUCCAUGUCUUGAGCUUAAUAAAUGUGCAUUUGGUUUUUCCCCCCGUUCUGUUUGUGUGUUCUC